AAUCACAACUCGAGUCAACCAACUCAGUUUUCUUUUUACUUUCCCCUAAAUUGUAGCUCCUCAAGACCGCCACAAGACUAGAAACCCUUUUUACCUCAAUCAGCAAAUCUAAGAAAAAACAAACAGGUGGGUUGUCGUAAAUGGGCACUUUAGGAAGAGCAAUCUAUCUAGUCGGAUCUUGGAUCCGGGUCGCCGGCCAAACCGUUGAUCGUGUCGGCUGUACUCUUCAAGGCAGUCAUCUCUUUCAAGAACAAGUGUCUAGGCACAGGACGCUGAUGAAUUUAUUUGAUAAAGACCCCGUGAUUGACAAAGAUGCGUUUGUGGCUCCCGGUGCUUCAGUCAUUGGAGAUGUUCAAGUGGGGUGUGGUUCCUCCAUUUGGUAUGGAUGUGUUCUUAGAGGCGAUGUGAACAGUAUCAGUGUUGGAUCGGGAACAAACAUCCAAGACAAUGCUCUUGUUCAUGUAGCCAAAUCUAAUAUAAGCGGGAAUGUUAUGCCAACAACAAUAGGCAACAAUGUUACCGUAGGUCAUGGUGCUGUCUUACAUGGAUGUACUGUUGAAGAUGAGGCUUUUGUUGGCAUGGGCGCUACCCUGCUUGAUGGAGCUCAUGUUGAGAAAAAUGCAAUGGUUGCUGCUGGAGCCCUUGUCAGGCAAAAUACAAGGAUUCCUUUUGGAGAGGUAUGGGGAGGCAAUCCAGCCAAGUUCAUGAGGAAGCUCACAGAAGAAGAAAUAGCCUUCAUUUCUCAAUCAGCAACCAACUACACCAACUUAGCCAUGGUUCAUGCUGCUGAAAAUGCCAAGGGCUUCGAGGAGAUCGAAUUAGAGAAGGCACUGCGAAAGAAGUUUGCACGAAAAGACGAAGAGUAUGAUUCAAUGAUUGGUGUGGUUCGUGAAACACCUGUGGAGCUUACCUUACCUGAUAAUAUCCUACCCGAUAAAGCACAAAAAACCGCUGCUUAAGUCGGUUAGUUUUCCUUUGUUUCGGGCUCAUGAAUAUUUUAUGUUGCUGCACCUUUCAUCAAUAAUUUUUUGGGCCAGGCUCUUAGAGUGUUUAAAGAUCCCUAAUCACGGAGGGUAUUGCUUCUCCACCAUGUUUGUUGUCAGUGGUCAUUGGUAAUCAUCAUGUUUUAAUUUACAAAGACUAAAAGAGAGAAUUUAAUGGAACAUUAAUCCAUGUAUUUCUGGAGUUCACCACCAGGUUUGUGUUUCUUUGACUAA